UGUAAGAUUUUCGAGGUGACAGUAGUAGUUGGACUAUUCCACCAGAGUGGUAACUGCAAGUAUACUGAUUUAUGUAAUAACUUUAAUGUUAUGUUUCUUUUCAUGGCAACCUAAGUUGAGUGUAGUUAUAAAUUUGUAGCUUUGAUCAUGACUUUAGUUCAAAUCUAAGCUUUUCAGGAAAAUAUCUUGUUGAUUUUCAAGUGCAGAGUACUCCCACAAAACCUCAUCAUAUAUCUCACACAAAUACAGCUGGUCACAUUUUCAAAUCUUGAAAAAAGUCCAAAUCUGAAGAAAAUGGUGGUUACGAGAAGAUCAGGAAACAAUGCUGCAGAGAAGAUGGUUGUUAGAUCACCCAAGAAAAGACCAACCACAAAAAGGGGUCUGAAAUGCAGGAAGCCGCAGCACAAGCAACCAUCUAAGAAGGAGCUUGUCACUCCUUGUAGAGGUCGAGCAGAGGAAGCAGAAACUGAAAAUGUGGGAGGAGAGGAGAUAAUGCCUCUUGAUAUUUCUUCGGGUGAAGAAUCAAAACCUCAGGUUGACCAUUUAUCAAUGCUCAAGUCAUACAAGCCACCUUCUUAUGUUAACACUUCACAGGAGAAUCUCAAGACACUAAUGGAUGCAGCGGCUAUACUUAAGGAUGAGUUGGUGUCGCACCUAGAAAAAACUGCACAUAAACUGGACACUGUUGACAUGCUUAGAAGUGCUAAUAAAUGUUUCACAGCAUUGAAGUUGCUGAAAGUUGAUUAUGAAGCAUUUCAUGGCGAAGUUCACAAGUUGAUCAAGCAUACCCUGGAGCUCAGCGGAGAUAAGGAGAAGAGCACAUGUACUGAUUUGGGGCUGAAAGUUGCUUAUGAAAAGAGUGUGUCUAAUGUUAAUGCUGCCAGAGAAAAGCUAACUGCUGCUGAAUAUAACUUGAUGAAUGCUAAAACUGAUUAUGAUUACACAAUCGAAAAAAUCAAAAAGCUCAAAGCGGUAUUACACAAGCUUGAGGUGGAGGCUGCCACUGAAAGAGAUGGAAUUGAGAAUUUGACAUCCAAGAGGGAUCAUUGUAAUGAGGCUUUUUCACUUGCUGUAAGGAUUAAACUGCCAUAUGAAGAAGUCCUGGGGUCACUUGAGCGCCUCUGGGAACUUGUGUGAAAGUUGUGGAAAAAAUUUCAGCCUUAUUAUUUAGUAGGUCUUAGUGGACUUUUAGCAUUGUAGCUGCGAGACUCCUACCAUAUUCUUCUAUCACAUGUGAUACUUGAUAGGUUGGUAUAUGCAAAUUUUGGUAUGCUGCUUUUGUGAAUUGCUUCCAGAACUAUGAAAACUAUGAAAUUUGUCGCUUAUUAAAUUAUGUAAAAAUGCCUUGUUUAUCUUUCUUGUCACAUAUCCUUUAGCAUAUGCUUCUUUUGUAACUUAUUACAAAUUUCUUGAUCUUUGAAAGGCCUAGACUUGUUUGUAGUAUUAACAGUUAAUAUUUAUUUGUUUGGAAACCGGACGGCUCAAUAUGUCUGCAAAACCUUUUAAGCAUCUGCUAUCGGACUUGGAUAGCUUACAACUUAGAUAAACCGGCACUUUCCUUGGUGUUCUGGGCUGUUUGGCAGUGUCUUCUUUCCAAUUUUCAUCCAUCAGUAAGUUUCCUGAUCACUUUUCUUAACCUGCUUUAGCCAUCCUUGCUUCCUUCCAAUUUAGUUUGUGAACAAGAUACAGUUUUUACCAUAGACAGUUGUAUUCAAUUAAUCCCUUCAUCAUUAUACUCUCUGACAUCUCCAUGCAAGAGCAAAGUUUAGAGCAGGCUCUUCAUUUCUACAUGCAACGUUUGGCACUAUGGAUAUAUAAUUGCUUUCAUUGUGCUCGGACAAUACCAGUACCAAGAAUUAUACGUAUUACAACACAAGCGUGUUGUAAUAUUUCACUUAAGGAAAUUUUGAGCCGGCUAUUGAGGAGUGCAAACAGCCCAACUGAACAGGGGAUCAAAGAGCGAUCUGAUGUUGCUGAAAAAGAAAUACAGAAGUCACUUGAGCGUUUGUGGGAACUUGUGGGAAAGUAGUGAGAAGAAUUCCACCUUGUUGCUUAUUAGGCUUAAGUUGACAUUUAGCCAUGUAGCUGCAAGACCCUGCUAUUCAGAUAUUAGUGUGAUAUUUGUGUGAGCAAGAUAUUAUAAGGGGAAUUAGGCAAGCAUAAAUUCUUUAAACCACUGAUAAACUUGGACAGUCAGUAUGCUGUAAAGUUUUUAGGGCAUGGCUUUCUGAAAUAUGCAUCUUGAAAUCUGCAUUAUAAAAUCACAGUAACAGCAUAGUCACUGAUUGUAGUAGUUAUUGUUUAACCCUACCACAUUAUGAUGUGCGGCACUUCCCAGAAAGAUCUCGCACCAAGUGCAGUUUCUAGACAAGUUCUAUAAACAUACUUUAUGUUCCUUCCUAAGAUGAGACUGAUGGCAUCUGCAGGCGAUAAAAUAUGAAGUUUGCUAUUCUUAAAUUGAAGUCUCCUGAUUCCCAUUGGCGGCAAAUAUUAAAACUAUCAUCUCUAGUCCAUUGCUUUGCGUGCACACUGCACACCAUGCAAUAUAUAGAUGCUGUCAAGGAAUUUGAUAGCACGAGCUCAACUCGUACGUUGAAUGGAUCAGUUGCAGUUUCUGAAGUGCAGCUGAUUCCUCCUUGAUCCUCACCUGCACUUGGUCCGUCUUUAUUUUCUUUGCUAUCACUUGAAACUUCAUCUCAUGCUCAAACUGUAGAUUAGAGUAGUAAAACUUUGGUAUCUGUAACAUCAAAUGGCACUAUUCAGAUUGGUCUUAUGUUUAGAUCCUAGAACAUUAGUUGCAAGUUGUAGAAGCAUUCUCAAGGAAACACAUUGGCUUUCUUCCUUUGUUUUCUGUUGAGUGUCUAUAUGUUAAACUUGCCUCAUGAAGGAAUGUAACACUCGGGCGUCUGAUUUUGCAUACAUAUAUUUGAAUACAUACAUUUGAAAGAUCCUUUACUUUAGAAA